AUGGAUAUUAUAUUAAAUUCACCCCAGAUAAAACCGCAUAAAGAGUUGUUAUUAUUUAAACAAGCAAGAAAUUCUCUAUUAGAUUUAAAAGACUUGUCAUUAAAAGUAAUCGGAAAGGCAAUAUCGCAUCAACCAGCUGGCGUAAUUAUAUACACUGAAAUUGAAGUAAAUGACAUUAAAGUACUUCUAAGGCAUGAAGACGAUCAUGCUAAUCAAGACUUUAUAGACGAUAUCAGGCAAUUUAACAUAUCUAUACAUUAUUACGAUGAUCAAGAACGACCACGACCACCACCUAGUUUAACACAUACUAAACAUCCUUUUAGUAAUAUUUUUUAUACGAGUCCGUGGCAUUCAACUAACCUCGGGCAUGAAAUUGGACCAAUGAUUUAUGAAAAUUUGAUUGUUGCGAGUAUAUCUACUACUACGGGUGAUAGUGGAUCGCCUGUAUUCUAUUCGCGAGAUUUACCUUUUGUGAGUCUACACGGCAUGCACGUGAUGAGCGCGCAUAGUAAAUACUUGGGUGAUAUUGCUUUAAAUAUAAAAUUACAAAAUAUUUUAACUAAUGCUCAAAAAGAGCUUAUUUUGGGUGAAGAAAAUCAUCAAUAA